ACUAUGAUCACGUGCUAGGCAAUAUUAGCGCGUUCUUAGUGAUUGAAAAAUAAUAUUUGCUAUUUGAGGGAAUUUUUCUUGUGAAAAAUAUUUAUAUUAAUUUAAUUAAUACUUCAAAGGCUUGUGCUAAACAUUUAACGCAAAAACUACGUUUCAAGCACUUUAUUAAAAUAAUUAUCCACUAUUCACCUGGUACUUUUCUUUCGUUCCAAUAUAAUGGGAAGUUUAGCAACAAAAUUUAGAGAAGAAGGCAGUAAAGUUUCUCCCAGUACUCAUCCGAGAAGUCCAGAAUGGAUCACAGUACAUAGCCGGGCUUGCAAUUUGGCUGUUGUUGAGGUUGAAAGAUUGUGGAUGAGAUUUCAGCAAUUAGGAUGUACCGAAAAUGGCGUUUUACCUCGACAAGCUAUAGAAAGACUAAACUUAAAAGAUGAUUUAUUGGCAACAAAUGUCUUGAAAUCUCUGCAAACAGCCUAUUCUGAAAAUGAAAUGAUUACUUUUCAUGCAUUCUUACUAAUGAAUCUCUGGGUUGUUGAGUGCUGCGAUGUAGAGAAAUUUAAAUUUGAUGCUUUGUUAAGAGCUAUCUUCACUUUAUUCAACAACUCAGAUCCAGUUGAUAAAGAUACAUUAAUUACUGUUUUGCGAAGUGUUUAUCCUCAUGAGGAUGAAAAAGAAGUAAAAAGAAGCGCCGAAACAUUUAUGUUGUUUUUAGAUCCUGAGAAUACAGGAUAUAUCGAACAAGAUGCUUUCGUUAGCUGGGGAAAAAAUUUGCCUGUGGAAACACUUCAAAAUAUUUUUAUUUAUCAUAUAAUUCCGCCAGAAGUUUUAGAUCGUGCCAAUUUGGAGUUUGAAAGGGAAAACCCUCAUAAUACUAAUAGAGGUGGACCAACGCCGUCUCCACGUGCACCUUCUACACGUCCUUCCCUUUCUGAACAGCCCACUGACUCAGUUCUUCAACAAGUUGCUGAUAAAGCGUCAAGACGAGAUUGGCGAUUACUGCUAAAUAGCUUAAACUAUACAGACGAUGAAGUAUCAGAAUACCAACAAAGAUAUUCACACGAUCGUACGGAAAUGAUUUAUAAAAUGUUAAUCAACUGGAGAAAUAAAGACAGUAAAACAACUUCCGAUUUACAUAAUGUUCUAAGGUCGUGUGGAAUGGGAGAUUUUAUCUCCGUUCUAAUGUAG